AUGUCUAAGAACCGGCUACUUAUAAUUCUUAAGGAUUUAGCCUUUCCCGAUUCAGUUAUUAAAAUCCCACAAGGAAGCCCUAUUUCGCCUAUCCUUUUCUUGAUCUAUAUACGAGGCCUAUUUAGGUUAUAUGCAGUCAAAUUUAUCUCUUAUAUAGACGAUAUCACUCUCUCUUUCAUAUCAACUAGCCCCUGCAAAAACUCUAAACUAAUUCACUUCAGCACAGGCGAACGCGCUAAGCUAGCGUCCCUUAUACUCCUAGACGGGACUAUAGUCCCCCUAAAGCAGAUAGUUAAGUGGCUUGGUAUUUACUUUAAUGCCCUAUUACGAUUUAAGGAGUAUAUUACUAUCUGCACCGCUAAGGCUAAGUCCGCAUUUAGAUGUAUGUCUAGGCUGGCCAAUAGCAAACGAGGGCUUAGUCCCACCGCUUUUAGACAGCUAUACCUAGCUUGUAUUACUAGCAUGUCCGACUAUAUUGGCAAGGUUAAGCAUAUGCAAAAGACUACCUAUAGCACCUCUAAAAUUUGGCACUAUGCAAAAUCCUAG